GCAAAUCAGAUGCUAUCGCAAAGUUAGAUGGAACGUGGAGAAAACCUGGUGUUUCCGCUGCAGCGGCGAAUAGUUCACAGAGAACUUUAGGACAAAAUGUCUCUACAGCACCUGCGGUAAAAAGACAAAGAGAAGAAGAGGAAUUUGUGAAUUAUAAGAGAGCAGCGGACGGAGGAAAACAAACCGAUAGAGAAUUGACGCCUGAAAUAGAAAUGGAAGAUGAAACGGAGCCAUCAUCAACCUCUGGAGUUAGCGUUGAUGCAAAAGGAGAGCAAGAACCACUUAAUAGAAUACUUUACAUACAAAAUUUACCGCCAGAUGUAACGGAUGAGAUGUUAAGUUAUCUGUUCGAACAGUAUCCGGGCUUUAAAGAAGUACGACUUGUUCCUGGUAAAUCGGAUAUCGCUUUCGUGGAAUAUGAAUCGGAUAAUCAAGCCGCUAUUGCGAAGGAAGUUUUAAACGGGUUUAAGAUUACACAUGAGAAGGAGAUGAAAGCUGCUAAGCCCUCCCUAGAGAAAAAAGUUGCCGCACUAGAACAGUUCUCGAAAAUCAACAAGGGUGUAAUCGAGCUUGAUUCAAAUUUAUAUGAUGAGUUCGUCGCAAAACCCAGGAAUUACUCGUUAAUCGUGUUAUUUACAGCCUUGGAACCUCAUAUAAACUGUAUGCCUUGCAAGGAAUUCGAUCCUGAGUUCAGAUUGGCUGCAGAGGGCUGGAUACGGUCUGGAAAUGAACUGUCUCGUUUGUAUUUUGGCGUCUUAGAUUUUAAGAAUGGCAAAGAAAUUUAUCAAAAGCUUAAUUUGAACAAUGCACCGUCAAUGUUAUACUUUCCGCCGACCACUGGUCCCUAUGCCAAAGAGGUUUCGGAACCCGAUAAAUAUGAUUUUAAUAGGCGUGGUUUAUCUGCGGAAUCGUUGGCCUCUUACUUGUCCGGUCAUCUAGGGGUCAAUGUUCCCAUUAAUCGUCCUCCAAACUAUUUGGUCAUAGGAACAAGGACCAAGACACCUAUAACAGCAUUAGCUUCAUCCGGCGAUUCUACUUUUGUGGCUUGCAGCGAGGAAGUGAUUGAAUACAAGGGUGCUAUCGUGGAAUGGGUUUUUGACUCUGCAAAUGGCGUUGAACCCAGAUUAUUAAAAUCGCGUAGUGGUCAUCAUGCACCACCGUCAAGCAUUCAAUAUUAUGAUUCCGAUGGACAUUUUAUUCUUAGCGCGGCAGGAGAUAGAUCAUUAAGGGUAUUUUCGGUAGUAAGAGACUCGCAGAGUGUGGAAUUGUCGCAAGGAUCUUCAUCCGGUGUAAUAGAAAUGUAUAACAUGCAAUCAGGAAUUCAUCGAAGAACGUUUGCCGGUGAAGAAAAGCAUGCUAAAGCUAUUUCUGGUUUAGCAAGCGAUUCACUUAAUCGAAUACUGAUUAGCAGCUCUCUUGAUGGUACAAUCAAGAUAUGGGAUUUUAACACUGCUAAAAAUUUGCACACGAUAAAAAUAAUGUCUCCCGUUACGACAAUAAAGUUUCACACCGAGAACGACCUGUUGGCGAUUGUGAGUGACGAUUUGUGUAUUCGAGUCAUGGAUGUAGAAACGCGUAAGAUAAUUAGAGAAUUUUGGGGUCAUCGAAACAGAGUAACCGACCUGACAUUUAGUCCCGAUGGCAGAUGGAUCGUUUCCGCAUCUCUCGAUGCUACGAUUCGAACUUGGGAUCUUCCCACCGGUCACCUGGUAGAUGUAUUUGAAGUUGACAAUGUCGUGACCAGUAUGACUUUUUCUCCAAAAGGAGAUUUUUUGGCAACAGCGCAUGUCGAUCUUUUUGGAAUAUACUUAUGGGCUAAUCGCACACAAUUCGCUAACGUAACCUUGAGAAGGAUAACGGACGAUGAAAUCAUAUCCGUUGAGCUUCCGACUACAUCAGGCAUCGACGGUGAUGUUAAAGAUGACUUUUUUAUUGUUGAUUCCGAGGUGGGAGAUAAGGAUUCCUUUGAAACACCGGAGCAACUUACAGAACAGAUGAUAACAUUAUCAUCGCUUCCGAGGUCAAAGUGGCAAAAUUUAUUGAAUCUUGACACUAUCAAAAAACGAAACAAGCCCAAAGAGCCUCCAAAAGCUCCGGAGAAAGCGCCAUUCUUCUUACCCACCCUUCCUGGUGUCAAUCCAAAAUUUGUCCCGGCCCUUGAAUCGUAUGGUACUGAUAAUUCAAAGAAAAUUGUUAAACUGGGCGAUGUUAAACUGGAAACCGAGUUUACAAAAAUAUUAAAGAAUAAUUAUUCAAAAGGAGAAUUUGAUGAAUUUUUCAAUUUUGCGAAAACUUUAAAUCCUUCAGCAAUCGAUUUUGAAUUAAGGUCGUUAAGUCUUAACAAUGAUUUCGAGGAUUUGAAAUAUUUUCUUGAUGCUAUUAGGUCAAGACUCGAAUCCAGAAAAGACUUUGAGUUGGUUCAG